CCUUUUUCCAUCUGUUGCAAUUUCCUAACCAAACGCACCCUCGCCAGGCGGAGGAAGAAAGGCCCAAAAGAGAAACCCGGACGCCUGGCUGGUGUCGCCGCCGCCGCUGCCGCAGCAGAGCGAGGGAUGCGGGCGGCGUGCGCGCAGCACCGAGGAAGGAUCGGGUUUCUGGGCUCAGCCGCCCCCACGAGGGACGGGUGACAGCGGGCAGAGAGGCGCGGAGUGAGGCAGUGCAGCCCGAGCGCUCGGUGCCGUACUUCCCAACUAGAAGCGCCGAGGUACGCCGAGCAGGAUCGGGGAACAAAGGAGAGGAGUAGGGAGGGGAGCGAGUUGCGCGAGGGAGAGCCCUCAGCCGGCUGCCAGAAGAUCCCGGCAGGAGUAAACCCAAGUGUCACUUGAAUUCCACCCAAGGAGCGGGAGCCUGGGAUCCGAGCGACUUGAUUAGCAAUAACGGCUGGAGCGCGUCCUACAAGUUACGGGAGAGUCGGCCGGGAAGGAGGACAAUCGCGUGCCCCCUUUGCCCCCGCUCCUGGCCCCUCGAGACCCCCGCAUCGCCUCGCGCUGGAAGGGGAGCUCCAGAAUGAAAAGCAAGAAAGGUGUUGUUGUGGCAUCGGGCAGUGAGACGGAGGAUGAUGACAACAUGGACAUCCCUCUGGACCUCUCCUCCUCUGCUGGUGCAGGCAAGAGAAGGCGAAGGGGCAACCUUCCCAAGGAAUCUGUGCAGAUUCUCCGCGAUUGGCUGUAUGAGCACCGAUACAAUGCCUAUCCCUCAGAACAAGAAAAAGCAUUACUCUCCCAACAAACACACCUGUCUACACUACAGGUCUGUAACUGGUUCAUCAACGCCCGCCGCAGGCUCCUCCCAGACAUGCUGAGAAAAGAUGGCAAAGAUCCAAAUCAGUUCACAAUUUCCCGCCGUGGGGCCAAGAUUUCUGAGGCGAGCUCUGUGGAGUCAGCCAUUGGUAUCAAAAACUUCCUACCGGCUCUAGAGGAGAGCCCAUUUCAUUCCUGUACAGCUGGACCAAACCCAGCCCUAGGGAGGCCGCUGUCCCCCAAGCCAUCGUCCCCAGGAUCAAUAUUGGCUCGUCCAUCUGUGAUUUGUCAUACCACUGUGACUGCAUUGAAAGACGUGCCUUUCUCUCUCUGCCAGCCAGUUGGUGUGGGACAAAACACAGAUACACAGCAGAUAGCAGCCAGCAGCUUCACAGACACCUCCCUCCUGUACCCAGAGGACACAUGUAAAUCCGGACCAAGUGCAAAUCCACAGAGUGGUCUUUUCAACACUCCCCCCCCUACUCCACCGGACCUCAACCAGGAUUUUAGUGGAUUUCAGCUUCUCGUGGAUGUUGCACUCAAACGGGCUGCAGAGAUGGAGCUUCAGGCUAAACUUACAGCUUAACCCAUUUUCAAGAAGAAAAGUUUUCACAGGUGUUAUUAUGAUUGCCGGGGUGAUGGCAAGAGACAAACUGCAUUAUUUUAUAUAUUUUUUUAUUAAUAUUUGCACAUGGGAUUGCUAAAGUGAAGCUUCUGUUACUGAGAUGUCUUCAAUGGAAUACAGUCAUUCCAAGAACUAUAAACUCAAAGCUACUGUAGAAACAAAGGGUUUUCUUUUUUAAAUGUUUCUUGGUAGAUUAUUCAUAAUGUGAGAUGGUUCCCAAGAUCAUGUGAUUUCUUUUUUUUCCCCUCUCUUUCUCCCUUCCCUUUUUUGUUCUUUUUUUUUUUUUUUUUAAUCUCCAGACUGUGCAAUACUUAGAGAACCUAUAGCAUCUUCUCAUUCCCAUGUGGAACAGGAUGCCCACAUACUAAUUAAUAAAUUUUCCAUUUUUUUUCCAAACAAGUAUGAAUCUAGUUGAUUGAUGCCUUUUUUUCAUGAUGUAAUAAAGUAUUUUCU